UCGAUAGUCAUUAUGCUCAUAAUUGCGCGUGAUAUCCGAUAACACACGAAAGCGACGAGGUUGCAACGCGGUGUCAGAGAUUUUUAUUCAUUUUCACCUUGGUGCAUUUUUCCAUUUGCGAUUGAAUUAAGGAUACCAUGGCUGGCAAGCGACAGGCGACCACUAACCUAAACCACGACAACUGGGACCAUGAGGAGGAGCCCGAGGAGCGUGGCACCUUCCGCACGGCCACCGAGGAGGAACUGAAGACACGCGUUAUCAAGAAGGCGCGCCGCAAGGUUGCCGGCGCCUCCGUCGCCUCCUCUACCGUUGCCGAGUCCGGCGAGGAGGACUCGUCGAAGUCGAAGAGUGUAUUUUCAGGAUUUUCAGGUUUCGGCAAGCCGGCUACCAGUACAGCAACACCGGCGUCGCCCUUUGCAUUUCUGGCCAAGAUACCAAAAGCAUCUGCGGAUGCUGCAGCCACAUCCUCCCCAAGUGCGCCAACUUUUUCCUUUCUGGGGAGUUCUUCUAGUGCUGGAGACAAACCGGCUGCCAAGAGUGCAGCCGAAAGUGCUUUUCCAAAACCGACCACUUCGAUAUUUGGCUCCAGUUCUGUAAGCAGCACAGAAACUAUUCCAAAAGCAUCUACUUCUAUUUUCGGCACCAGCACCAUGGCCGACGGUGCCAUCCCAAAACUAUCCGCUUCGAUAUUCGGCAAUCCCGCAGCCGAAAAAAAGGAAAGUGUCAAGUCGCCAGCCGCUUCGAAGACGCCGGCUACAAGCAGCACCAGCUCCACAGCCAGUUCUGGCUCCAAGCCAGCCAAUGCCAGCUGUUCAGCCGAGUUUCGUGCAAGCGUUGCUGAGCUUAACCGUGCUGUUAUGAAAUUCCUCAAGGAGCACAUGGACAAGAAUCCCUAUGUCAUAUUGUCGCCAGUGUUUAAGAACUAUGAUAAGUAUCUGAAGGAGCUGCGUAGCGAAGACAGCGCUGCGACGAAUGACACAAAGCCCACACCAGCCACGCCAUCAACAGUACCCAAGUUGCCGACAUUGCCUAGCUUCUCCCCGCCACCAGCAGCUACAACCGCGGCACCCACUUUUUCAUUGGGAACCGAACCGCGCGACGUUUCAGCUUCCACAGCCAAGCCGGCCGCCACAUUUUCUUUCGGCAAGCCCAACACUCCCAUCGGCGGUGCCUCGACCCUGUUCGGCAAGAAGCCCAACUGCACCGUGACCAGCGGUGGGACGACAACCACCACCACCACACCGCUGUUCGCAGCUUCCACCAGUACCAGCAGCUUCGGUGGGUUUGGCUCGAUGCCAGAGGCUAGCUCGGGAGCCAAGACUGAUGAGGCCAUUAAGCCAGGUUUCUUUUCGUUUGGAGCCAGCCAAAAAAAGGAUGAACCCGUGGCAACACCUCCGAAGACAAAUGGCUUCAGUUUUGGACUGAAGACCGAUGACAAACCCAGUGGCUCCUUGUUUUCCGGUUUCGGCAAAGCAUCCGAAGGAGCAGCACCUUCAACAGGAUUCAGCUUUGCCCCGGGCAGCACACCAUUCUCCUUCGGAAACAUACAGCCUCCAGCACCAUCAGCAGAUGCUAGUGCUGGCGGAGACGCGGAGGAGUCUGAGGAACCGCCCAAAGUGGAGUUCACACAGGUGGUUGAGGAUGACGCAGUGUUUUCAAAGCGCUGCAAGGUGUUCAUAAAGAAGGAUAAGGACUUUACUGAUCGUGGCGUGGGCACACUAUACUUGAAGCCAGUCAAGGACUCGGAGAAGACACAGAUGCUGGUUCGCGCUGACACAAACCUUGGAAACAUUCUGGUUAAUCUCAUCCUGAUCGAUGGAAUUCCCUGCCAGCGAAUGGGGAAGAACAACGUUAUGAUGGUCUGCAUCCCCACGCCCGAGGAGAAGAAGGCCACCUCGUUGCUGUUACGUGUUAAGACAAGCGAAGAGGCCGAUGAACUGCUCAAUGAAAUAAAGAAGCACAUCAAGUAGGAACGAAACGGAACGGAAGGAGCUGGAAAGCAGAAAAGGAAAUUACUCGUACAUCUGAAUGUUGUUUAAUCGUUUAUAAUCUUUACAAUCUACAAAAGUGUGGAAAUAGAAGAAUCAAAACUGUCCACAAAUUCAA